AUGGCUUCUAGCCAACAAACUCAUGGAGCAGCAUCAUGUUGUAGAAAUCGACGUGAAUUAAGUUCGGAUGACAUUGAAAAUCUCAAACGACUUCGUUCAGCUGGUGUACAUGGACAUCCUAUGAAGAUCUUAUCGAUGUACCAUGAAUGUAAUGAAUCCAUUGAAUUAACAAAAGCUCGAAAAGAUCAUGAACGAGAAAUGCGUAAUCAACAACGAGAAGAACGAUCAUCAAAGCAUGAAUUAUUAGCUGAAGUUGAAACUGGCUACGUAACAGUCAAUAAUCGGGAAGAUUGGCCACGUCAUAUUGAACAGGUAUACCUAGAUGGAAAUAAUAUGAUGUUCGUUGUUAAAUCACUUCGACGUUUAUGUCUAAAUCGAGCUGGUAAAAAAACUGAACGUGCUUUAGCUGAAAUAGCUUCCGCAUGGAAGAAACAAAUGCAUAUACCAAAUGUUGAAAUUAUUUUUGAUGCAACACAUCAACUGGAUCAAAUCGGCUCAGUGAAAGUAUCGAGCGCUCAACCAACUCAUCGAACAACUGAUGAUAUGCUUGUUGAAAUCGCAAGAAAACCGGAGAAUCGAGGAAAAAACAAACGCACAGUUAUAAUAACAUCCGAUCGAGCUUUAGCUGCACUUUUACAACGUGAAGGUUGUUUACUUAUGAAACCAUAUAAUUGGUUUGCUCAUUGUGUCAUGGUUUUAACACCUGAUCUCAUUAGAUGUGAAGAAUUAACUGGCAUGAAAACAGAAAUAUCAACGCCAACAACGGUCAAGAUUCGUUACGACUUUGAUGAGCUUGUUCAUCGUGUCGCUAAUAUUGAUAUAUAA